AUGUUGGUCGCCAUGACUGCGAUGCUCGUGUCCGUGGCGGAGUUCUCAAAUAUUCUGUCCGUUUUGGCCGUGCUCAUGUGCUUCUGCGCCAUGUUCUUGCUGAUAAUGAGGAAUAUGACAGUAUUUUGGCUGCACGGCGAAGAACUAAUGUUUGGUGGUAACGCAGUACAUCCUGUACAACAAAGAAUACCACAGAUGAAAAUGAUGAAAGUCCACAUACCGUUCACAUUUAAAUUACAUGAAACAUCUAAUUCUUCKUACUCGGAUCUUCGAUGCACGGUCUCAAGCCAAGUACCAUAUACAUUGCAAGCAUUUUGGGGCGUUUCCAUCCGAGAACUUCAUCAUUUCCUGUGGAAGGCAUGGAGCUCAUUUCAAACAGCCGUCAAGGAUGAUUCAUUACUCCGUGGACAUUACCAACAUUGUGGAUUAACUUUGCACGAAACAAGCCAUACUGAAAAAACCAUUCAGAUGUUUAUGCCAGAGGGAAAAUUGGAUUUGGGAACUCCCCCUCGGCAUUGCUACCCUUUGGUUAUAUUCCUUAUACGCGACAUUCCUGAAAAUUCCACUUUACAUCCAGACGAAACGGUGGCAUUGAUAAAUGUAGUACAUAUCCAGGAUAACGUGUGCACGUUGCCUACGAACAUUUUGGCGCAGUACCUGAAACAAGCGAACGGACAACUGUCAUCAUUAAAGCAACUCUAUUUGGCCACCGGCAACGCUCUCAGUUAUCAAGACGACGCCUGCAGCGAUGACGCGUCACAGAGGGCUGUCGUUCUGGACAACGGCGGCGGAAGCGGCUUGAUCACCAGUCAGGAACAAUUGUGCGUCGUGUGUCAGUUCUACCCGCUGUCCAGAGCCCUGUUGCCGUGCCGUCACACGUGCAUAUGCGCAUCGUGCUUCGGCAAGCUGGAGACGUGCCCGAUGUGCCGCAGUCCGAUCAAGAGCUACUUCUGCGUGCGCAACGAAGAUUAUUUGGCCGACUGCGCAUCCGGCCUAGACAAGACGGGAGCGUCGACCAAGCGACAGGCGUUUUCCCAGUGGAUUCAAAAUGGUAUUACGGAAUUCCUCGGCCUACAUUAGGCCUCCAAACCCACCCACACCCCGCCAACCMUCUCCUCCUACCACUGAGCCCGCCAUCAUCGCCUCCACAAGUCCCGCAUUUUUCCUCCCGCUCGGUCCCCAUCAUCAUGCUCUUCUUCUCUUUAUUUCUCUUAACUCAAAUCAGCCGUUUACCUUAAGCAAAAAAUAUCGUAUACGUUUUUACACAUAUACCUACACGGUGUAAACAGACAAACUCACAAACACAUCAAUCGGUUUAUAACAAUUCCUCCACUCUCCCACCCAUUUAUUCAAUGCAAAUUAUUCGAUAUAAAAGUGAAUAUAACAUAUACUUCAAACUUAUGAAUUUAUAGCGUUUGGCAUAUUCACCUUGAAUAUCAUAUAUUUUGUUUUUCGUCCCCUCAUCAUGUCCCUCCUAUUUUAUUUAUUAAGAUAUUGUGCACAAAUAUUAUUAUAUUUAUAAUGCUACAUAAAUCGGUCUGACAAUGAGGUAUAACUACCAAAAACACGCUUACCAUUGUUGUGUGUAAUGUCUGCAUACGGAAAAGAGAUGUUGACCUAUUCACAUUUAGCAGGGGUGUUGGUGGUGUGAAAUAAUAAUCUAUUUUACGAACAAAAAGAAUUGUGUAUAGAGACGCUAGUCGAUCAAGUUCUUUUUAUUUCCAGAAUCACGAAACGAACGAAUAUAAUAAUAUUUUCUAUUUUAUGAAUUUAUCACAAUUGUUUCUCCCCUCCCCCCCUAUAUAACAUAUCUUUUGUUAUAGACUUAUUUAUCACAGAAAAGUUCCUUAUACAUAAUAUGUGUUAUACUAUAUAAUAUUCAUAAAUAUUUUACUCUCUCGAAAAAAACCAUACGUACAACACUUAACUGUUUUAAUUUCAAAAGUGCACGAACAUAAAUUUAAAAUAUAUUAAAUAAAAAUAAUCUUCCAUGAUGUAAUUGUUGGACGUGCUAUCGCUCUGCAUUUAUAAACGCUAUUUUUAUUAUCUUCCGUGUGCAUAAUGUAAUAUUAUAAUGGUUUAUUAUUUAUACAUGAAAUCAUCAUUAUUAU